CCAUGAGGAGCCAAUUAGAUGCGCCGUGUGUGAGGAACGUGCCCUGGAAGGAGGAGCUGAGCCCCGCCCCUUCGAAGGCGCGCGGCGGGAGUGCGCGCAGCUGGGGGAGUUCGGUGGUCGCGCGACUGUGAGGGAAGGGCGCGAAAAGAAUGCUAAAACUGUUACCUAAACAUAUUCCUUGUAGUAUUUAGAAGCAAAUACAAAUAAGAGGAAAACUACAUGAAACAAAAUGAAUACUGAAGACAAGGAAAACCAGUCUUUUGAAGCAGGUGAAAGCACAGUGCAAACACCUCUGAAAUGGACAGCUACCUCCAGUUCAGUUUUGGAAGAGAUGCAACCUGCAGUUUCUGGCCGCCUGACAACACCACCGAAGCCUAGUGAAGUCUCUUCUAGAGAUCCAUGGACACCGACGGCUAACCUCAAAAUGCUGAUCAGUGCAGCUAGUCCUGAGAUUCGAAAUCGAGAACAGGAAAAAAAAUUGUCAAACUGCAGAAGUGAAAGCUUUGAGGAACAUUUGUCAGGAGAUGAAUAUGAAAAAUCCCAACCAAGCCGUAAAGACAAAAGUCUGGGAUUGCUGUGUCACAAAUUUUUAGCUCGCUAUCCUUGUUACCCUAACCCAUCUCAAAACAAUGAAAUUUGCCUUGAUGAAGUAUCAGAAGAACUUAAUGUUGAACGUAGACGUAUUUAUGACAUAAUGAAUGUCUUGGAAAGUCUGCACAUGGUGAGUCGACUUGCCAAAAACAAGUAUUCUUGGCAUGGGUGUUAUAAUCUGAAAAGAACACUGCAGAUUUUGAAAAAAGUUGCUGAGGAGAACAAAUAUACAGACCAAAUUGAGUUGAUUAAAAAAAGAGAAUCUGAACAAGAAAAGGAUGGUCAGAAAACUGAGUUGGUGACAAAGCACAUCAUGCCAAAUGAUCAUACGGACAUAUGCUUUGUGGAGUUUCCUGGGAUGGAGUUUCGAACAGCUUCAGUAAACAAGCGUAAAGACAAAUCUUUAAGAGUAAUGAGUCAGAAAUUUGUGAUGCUUUUUCUUGUAUCAUCUCACCAUGUUGUGAGCCUUGAGGUUGCUGCUAAAAUGUUGAUUGGGGAAGACCACAUGGAAUAUUUAGAUAAAAGCAAAUUUAAAACUAAAAUCCGGAGACUGUAUGAUAUUGCUAAUGUUCUUAGUAGCCUUGAACUUAUCAAGAAGGUUCACAUUUCAGAAGACAAGAGCCGCAAACCAGCGUUUAAAUGGACAGGACCAGAUAUUUUUUCAGAUACUCAGGGUACACAGCCUGUACCAACAACUGCAAUGAUUAUUUCAUCUCAUCCUGAGAAAGGGAAAUCUUCCAAAGAGAAUUGUUCCAAGAAUCUGUUCCCUACUAGAAGCAAGCAAGGCUUCACGAGGCAUCCAUCCUUAAUAAAAACGGCAAAAACAAUGCAGAUUGAUCAGAGGAAGAUCCGUUCUGCUCCAAGCAGCCCCAUUAAGAAAAACACAAGUCAAAUUGCAUCAUCUCUUCCAAGCAAGAUGGCACAACUUGCAGCAAUAUGCAAACAGCAGUUAGAUGAACAAUCAAGAGAUCUCAAAAAGAUGGAAAUGAAACUGGAACACUAUACUUUGCCAGGCUGUCUGGGUCCUCCCCCUGGCAGUUGUUUGAAGCCCAAACCAUCUCAGGAUGAGAUUCUUCCUCUGAUCCCCAGUUCAGGAUCACCAGCAAUGCUAACUCAUGUCCAUUCCAAUGUGCCAUAUGUGUUGUAUUUCCCGCCUUCCCAAACACAGAUAGUGACUGCACACAGUCGAGGUUUCUCAGUACAGCCCUUUCCCUGUACCAAUGUGAUGGCAAUGAAUUCUGUGGAGACCAGUUCACAAUUGAUCCCUGAAAAAAAGUGUAUUGAAGACAGUGACAUUAACUUAGCAGCAGGUGAUGCCAGUUCCAAAGAACAAAGCUUUGGCCUGGCCAAGGAGCAAGAAGGCAGAAGAGAUGACUUGAUAUCUGGGAAAUGUUUCAAAAUGUGUGAAUCGGUGCUGGAGGAUACUCCCAUUAAAAAAUGUAAGAAUGAAGAGCUGGAGCAUCAGGAUGGACUUCAGACUUGCCUUCCUUCAGGUUAUCUUAUACCUUUUCCUCAGUUUACAAAGCUUCUGAAUGAAACCACUGUUUCUAGCAGCAAGAAGACUGAGCAAGAACAGAAAACCUACGGUUCGCCUAUUGCUGAUGGUAUCCCUGUACAAUCUAACGCUACAAAAAUCAAUUUUCCUACUCUUCAGUUUACACCUUUGAACCUAAUGGUGCCAUCUUCGGUAGCUACUGUAUCCGUGGCGAAUGGUCCAGCUGUUACUUUGAGCCAUGCUGCUCCUGUUCAAGCCCCAAACCCUUCACUUCUGAACUUUAUGCUCCAACAUGUAGGACUGAUGCCUGCCAAUGUACAGGCUUCUGUAAAUCAAGUCUUUGGCUCUGCCCUGGUUUGUCAGCAAGCAGAACAUGUUAAUGCUGUCCCCAGAAGUGUCAGCAUGAAAAAAAGGAAAGCAUUACAGAAUGUCUUACCAAAGGAGAGCAGUGGGUUCAGUGGAAAAACAGUUCCAACAACUCCUUUAAAGACGACCACUGUUUCUGCGGUACCCAAUGACUCAUACAAAGGCAAUGGAAGUGUCUUCCAAAUGUCGUGUGAACCAUCUUUAAUCCCUGGCUUUUGUUCAUCCUCUUGUGAACCAGAUAAAAUUUCCCAAGAAGAAUUAGUAGUUCAACAAAGAGAACUGGAUAUGUCAAUCGAAGAUGAUGAUGUUUGAUUUGGAGAAAUACUGUGGGAACUUUCCCAUCACAGAUAGAAUUGCAACUUUUUAUUUCUGGUAUUGUGGGUGUACUUCAGAAAUGGUAUUUGAUCAUAGAGGUGGCUUCUUUCUGCUGGAGUACUUUUUAAUUUAAAUUCUUCUCCUUCACCCUUUCAAACAAAGCAAGGACAUGCAUUGGCUUCUGGGAGAUUAAAUAAUAUUAAUAAAUCUUUAUACCCCGCCCCAUCUCCCAAAAAAGGACUCGGAGCAGCUUACAACCAUGAAACGUAUUAGAUAAUAUAAGCAAAAUACAUAACAUAUCAAAUUAAGAUGAAACAAAAAAUUAGUGCAAAAUGCCAACCAUCAAUAAACUAUUAUAUAAACGCAACUUGAACAACAUUUAAAAAUCCCAGCCAUUGCUGUGAUAAAAUAAGCCAUAAACUCCAAUUGAUGAUUAUUGGGUAUUGAAUAUUAAACAAAUCCACUUAUAGAAAGCAGCAGUUUGGAACAAGGCUGGAUUGCUUCACAAUUGUGUGGGAAAUGAAUGCUGUUGUAUUUAAAUACUAGAACUUGAAGGUACCAUGUAACAUACUAUUUUUUUUAAAUGUGAAAGGCUCUAAUUCUGUUGAAAUAAUAUUUUAAUUCUGUGUUUGAAUUGCUGUUAUGAAGUUGAAAAUCUUAAUCAUGCCUAUUUAAAUUUAAAGUUUAUUUAAACAUUAAUUUUCUCAAAUUAAAUUUUGAACUUAAUUUUCCUAACUUUCAUACUUGUAUUUACUUCUUGACAUUGAAGUCCAUUUUUUGCUAGAGCAACUGCAGGAGAAACAUGCUAAAGAACAUGCCACACGCUGCAUCAGAAAAGGUAUGAAUAAAAAUAAAUUGCUGCAUAGCACAUUUGCUGGAACGGAAAACAUUAGAAUAAACAGUUCUCUGCUAAGUCUCAAUCUUCUUCAUGAUCAAGAUCAUUUCUAUAUGCCAUUUGAAGGCUCUUUAUUUCUGAAAACUCAUUUCACUUGUUGGGAAUCACAACAGAAAAGUGGUAAGUGUGUGUAGCUGCUUUGAGGCUCCUUACGGAAAGAGAAAAAAAGAUGUAAAUAAACAUCAUCAUCAUAAGUGACAGGUUUACCACUUUUUACAUUAUUACCCAAACACUUUUCACACCAGCUUAAGGUGAUUUCCAUCUUUAUUUGUUGUCUCCCUAUUAUCUAACCAUUGUGCCCUUGGGUACUCUAUUAACAAUUAGAUUACCAAAGUUUGUCAAUCUCCAGUUGUUCUAUUCCCCUAUUUCUUGUUUUUUUCUUUUUUUCAUGUCGGGGGCGACUUGAGAAUCUGCAAGUCGCUUCUGGUGUGAGAGAAUUGGCUAUCUGCAAGGACGUUGCCCAAGGGACGCCCGGAUGUUUGAUGUUUCGCUAUCCUUGUGGGAGGCUUCUCUCAUGUCCCCACAUGAGCUGGAGCUGACAGAGGGAGCUCACCCUCUCUUCCUGGAUUUGAACCACUGGCCUGUCCUGUCAGUCAGCAGUCCUGUCGGCACAAGGGUUUAACCAAUUUCACACGGUGGCUUUGAUUCUAAGACACACUUCUCCUUAUGCAUCUUAGAAUCACAGGGGCUUUUUAUAUGUAAGUAAAUCUCUUUUUCUGUUAGUGGUAUUGAAAUUAGUGUGUCGUACAAUCAACAAUGUCUUAGUGUUGAAGAAUUAUGGUAUGUUCUCUGAAAGCUACUUUUUUGCCCUCAAAAUC